UAUUUAAGUGAAAAUUUUGUUUUGUGUUACAUCGUCAUUUUCUUGGACUAUGAAGCCGAUUCCAGAAGAAUUGAAACGAAGAUUGUUUAGUUGUCGCCGGAACGUUUCAUGUUUAGUUAUCCGAAAAUGGGAUAUUGAACGAACCGAAAAAUUACGUGACGAAUUAAAUGGUUUGAAUGAAGAAUUAUUUAAUCUGUUGGAAGAUGACGAAGAUGUACCUGAAGAUUUGAUAUCAAAGAUGUCGGAAUAUAAUGUCAAAUUGGAUUGUUAUUUAGAAAUGUUGAAAAAUACGAAUACGAAUUCAACAUCUAAUCAGACUAAUCAUUCAAACGGUGAUGAUGAUCUUGUGAAUAAUUUAUCCGGUAUGUCAAUUACGAAUUCGAAUAAUAAGAUCAAAACAGAUCAAUUGCCAAAUUUUGAUGGCAAAUAUGUUAAUUGGAAUUCCUACAAGGUUAUGAUUGAAAAUUUGUUAAUUAAUAACAUGUUGGUAUCGGAAGAUCUGAAGAAAUCUAUGUUAUUAAAAACAGUAAAAAACGAACCAGCUAGAAUGAUCACAAUUUUUAUUGGUCAAAAUUUGCCGUUAUCUGAAAUUUGGGCUCGUAUUUGCACAAAGUAUAAUGAUCCGCAACGAGCAAUUCUUGAGAUCAAGAAUGAACUGAAAUCGAUACCAGAAAUCAAAUCUGAAAAUGAAGUCGAUAAUCUGAAAAAAGCAAAAGAUAUUGUGGAAAAUGCUAAUCUAGCUAUCGAUAGUAUUCAAACGAAUGCUCAAUUUUACACAACAAAUCUUAUUCAGGCCGUAGCUAAUAAAUUUUAUUAUCGGGCACAAAGAAAAAUGUUGGCAAAAAUUAAGAAAUUUUCGGAUUUGGUAAGCUACAUUGAUGAAUUAUAUGAAAAUGCGUUACAAUAUGAUUACAACAAAAUUCGAAAAGAUGAAGCAUCGAAAAAAUUUGAUCAACCGAAGAAAAAUCUUAGUACAGCAGCAAUCACAACUGAUUGUUGCUAUGUCUGUAACAAAAAUCAUAAGAACAAUUUUGAAUGCUUGAAGAAUUGUGAUGUAAAGACAGUAGCUGAUAUCAUAAAAUCAAAAGGUAUUUGCUACAGAUGUCUAAAAAAAGGCCACUUUAGUAAAAAUUGUCCAAUGGUUUCGAAAAUUAGUUGUGCAACAUGUCAUCGUAAACAUGUAACAGAGAUGCACGAUAUUGUUAAUGAAUUAUUUCAGACGAAACCUAAAGAAAUUGAUAAUUCGAAACCAUCAACAAGUGAAGAAGCUAAUAGUACUGCUGCUAUAUAUUGUGCUGAACAACCUGAAAAUGUUUUUAUAAUUUCAGAAGUAUCAAAACAUGAUAAUCGACCAAUGUAUUAUGGUUCGUGUAAUGGCAUUAACAGUCGUAUGUUAUUGGACAAUGGGUCGAAUAUAUCUUUAAUUGAUGAAGAUUUAAUAAUAGGAAAUCAAAAUAAAUCAAAUGAAAAUUUUACGAUUUUUCUUCGUCGCCGUUGGGAGGAACGACUACAAGCAAUCAAAAAAUUUUGUUUGGAGUUCGAAGUUUAG